UGACGUCGGUUAAAACGCGCCUGUGAGAUUUGUCUUUUUAUCAAGAAAACAAUAAAGACAGCGACACUAACAACAACAACAACAACAACAACCAUGUCUGUGAAUUAUGCAGCCGGGCUCUCGCCGUACGCAGACAAAGGCGUUUGCGGACUCCCGGAGGUGUUUGAUAAUCCAGAGGAGAUAAAGGUGAAGGUGGAAACCCUCGCUCAGUUGAUUAAAGAAUCUCAGUACUUGGUGGUUCACUCCGGAGCAGGAAUCAGCACCUCAGCAGGCAUCCCAGACUUCAGAGGUCCAAAGGGUGUGUGGACGUUAGAAGAAAAGGGUGAGUCACCUCGCUUUGACACGACAUUUGAAGAUGCCCGACCCAGCUUGACUCACAUGGCCCUCCUGGGACUGCAGAGGGCCGGGUACCUCAAGUAUCUCAUCAGCCAGAAUGUGGACGGACUGCAUGUGCGAUCAGGCUUCCCCAGGGAUAUGUUAUCAGAGCUUCAUGGAAACAUGUUUGUGGAGGAGUGUGAGAAGUGUGGCAGGCAGUAUGUUAGAGAAAAGGUGAUUGGUGUGAUGGGGCUGAAACCAACAGGACGUUACUGUGAGGUGGUACGAUCCAGAGGACUCAGAGCCUGCAGAGGAAAGCUGAUAAGCACUAUACUGGACUGGGAGGAUGCUCUUCCUGACAGAGACCUGAACAAAGCCGAUGAUGCCAGCAGACGAGCAGAUCUGGCACUGACGCUCGGCACCUCCUUGCAGAUCAAACCCAGUGGAGACCUUCCACUCCUCACCAAGCGGAAAGGAGGGAAAUUGGCCAUUGUCAACCUGCAGCCCACAAAACACGACAAGCACGCAUACCUGCGUAUCAACAGUUACGUGGACGAGGUGAUGAAACAGCUGAUGGAGUUGCUGGGAUUGGACAUCCCAAAGUGGGAAGGUCCGACUCUCUGUGAGAGCUCCACAGCCACGUCCGAGUCCACCACUGAUGUCAAACCAAAGGUUAAAAAGGACCUCAUUAAGGAGGAGAGGAAAAGAGACGCAACGGCACUAACAGACAGCGGGAGUGUUAAGGAGGAGACGGUUUCGGUAAAGAGAGAAAGAGCUGACUCCCCAGUGGAGUUAAAUGAUGAAAAAUAGCCUCAGGUAUUUUUUUUUUUUUUCAACUUCACAACACAAAUCCGUCCAGAAACAAACUUUACAGCUGAGGUUGCUCGGUUUGAUCAAUUUCACAGAGGAUAGAGGUUCUUCUCAUCUUCCACCCUCUGAAGCGAAGACUCUUCUAGUACUGUAGUGGUUUUCUUAAUCCAGAUUUCUUACACUCCCCUUACAGCCACAAUGAACUAUGAUGUUUAACUAACUCCUCCGCUGAAGUUGACCUCAUUAAGCAAAAUUAUCUAAGUGAUCCAGGUGUCCCGGGUAAGAAGAGGACACAGCUUUAGGUAGGUGUUUGAUUGGGAAUCUUUUCUAAUUUCUGGUCAGACAACCAUCAUCCAACUUGUGGCUUUGCUUCAUUUGGAGGACCAGUCUUUAACAGACAAGACAACGGGUUGAGAUCUGGAGCACACGGUUAUAAAUAAAGCUUUUAAUAAGGUGAGUAAGCUGCACCUUAUUAUCAUUAUUAAAAGCUUUAUUUAUAACUGCUUGCUCCAGAUCUCAUCCCUACAGAUCUAGCCUUU